AUGGCAGGCUCUGCACCCCCCAGCGUGCCGCUUCGUGGUGGACUCUGCCCCCCAGCGUACAGGGUCGUGGUGGGCUCUGCGCCCCAGUGUGCCAGGUUGUGGCUGGCUCUGCCCUCCAGCGUGAUGGGUCGUGGCGGGUCUGCCCCCCCAGCGUGCCGGGUCGUGGCGGGCUCUGCCCCCCCCACAGCAUGCCGGGUCGUGGCGGGCUCUGCCCCUGCCCCAGCGUGCCGGGUCGUGGCCUCUCAUUGGCAGGGAGAGAAGAUCUUCUAUCUCAUCAAGCCAGCUUCAGCCAACAUUUCCCUCUAUGAGCGCUGGCAGUCGGCCGCGAACCACAGCGAGAUGUUCUUUGCCGACCAGGUGGACAGAUGUUACAAGUGCACCCUCAAGCAGGGCCAGACGCUCUUCAUUCCCUCGGGCUGGAUUUACGCCACGCUCACACCUGUGGACUGCCUGGCCUUCGCGGGACAUUUCCUCCACAGCCUGAGCGUGGAGAUGCAGAUGAGAGCAUACGAAGUGGAAAGGAGGUUGAAACUGGGCAGCCUGACUCAGUUUCCCAACUUUGAAACAGCCUGCUGGUACAUGGGGAAGCACCUGCUGGAGGCGUUCAAAGGUUCUCACAAGUCUGGGAAGCAGCUGCCCCCCCAUUUAGUCCAAGGAGCUAAAAUUCUCAAUGGUGCUUUUAGAUCAUGGACGAAGAAGCAGGUAGGGAGGUGGGCCAGGUUGUCCCCGAGCAGAGGGGAGCGUGGCUGGUGGGGAGCCCUCCCCAGUGCUGGUCCUUCCUUUGCUGGGUGCCCCUUGCCCACCUGCAGUGGAGUGGGGGUGCUGGAAGCAGUUCCUGGCCUGAGGGCUGGGGGCCGGGAGGCCUGGAGAGUCCGUAGGAGGAGGGCCACAAAGAGUGUCCUGAGUGUGCCCAACAAGGAGGCGAUCAGCUCGCAGAAUGACGUGGAGAGGCUAGAAAUCCGAGAGCAAACUAAGAGCAAGUCAGAAUCCAAGUGGAAGUACAAGAACAGCAAACCUGACUCCCUGCUGAAGAUGGAGGAAGAGCAGAAGUUGGAGAAGUGUCCUCUGUCAGGGAGCAAGGACCCCAAGUUCUCGUUUUCCUUCAACAAGAGACUGCUGGGCUCCAAGGCCCUCAAGCCACAGCCCAGCCCAGGCGUGUUUGGGGCCGUGCAGAGCUUCAAGGAGGACAAGCCCCAGCCAGUGCGGGACGAGUACGAGUACGUGUCGGAUGACGGGGAGCUCAAGAUCGAUGAGUUUCCCAUCAGGAGGAAGAGGAGCACCCCCAAGAGAGAUUUGUCUUUCUUGCUGGACGGGAAGGAGCCUCUGGCCACGCCCGCUACGAAGCCAAAGCUGGACUCGGCACUCUACAAGCAGAGUGACGGCUCCUCUGACGAGGGCUCGCUGCACAUCGAUACAGACUCCAAGCCCGCCCGCAGCGCCAAAGGGAAGAAGGAGGGCGUGGGCUCGGCCGCGGGCAUCCUGGACCUGCUGCAGGCCAGCGAGGAGGUCGGUGCGCUUGAGUACAACCCCAGCAGCCAGCCCCCGGCCUCCCCCAGCACGCAGGAAGCCAUUCAGGGAAUGCUGUCCAUGGCCAACCUGCAGGCCUCUGACUCCUGCCUGCAGACCACGUGGGGCGCCAGCCAGGCCAAGGGCAGCUCACUGGCGGCCCACGGUGCCCGGAAGAACGGGGGUGGCGGCAAGAGUGCGGGCAAGCGGCUGCUGAAGAGGGCGGCCAAGAACAGCGUGGACCUGGACGAUUACGAGGAGGAGCAGGACCACCUGGACGCCUGCUUCAAGGACUCGGACUACGUUUACCCCUCCCUGGAGUCUGACGAGGACAGUCCCGUCUUCAAGUCCCGGUCCAAGCGGAGGAAGGGCUCUGACGACGCUCCCUACAGCCCCACAGCGAGGGUCGGCCCAUCGGUUCCAAGGCAGGACAGGCCUGUGCGUGAGGGCACCAGAGUGGCCUCCAUCGAGACUGGGCUGGCAGCUGCCGCAGCCAAGCUGUCCCAGCAGGAGGAGCAGAAGAGCAGGAAGAAGAAGAACACCAAAAGGAAGCUGGCUCCCAACACUCCCUCCCCCUUGGCCUCCACCAGCACCACCUCGGCCUCCACCACCCCGGCCUCCACCACCCCGGCCUCCACCACCCCGGCCUCCACCAGCACGGCCAGCAGCCAGGCCUCACAGGAGGGCAGCUCACCCGAGCCCCCGCCCGAGGCACACAGCAGCAGCCUGGCAGACCACGAGUACACCGCGGCCGGAGCCUUUGCAGGGGCCCAGGCUGGCCGUGCCUCCCAGCCCAUGGCCCCUGGGGUCUUCCUCUCGCAGAGGCGGCCCUCUGCAUCAUCCCCCAACAACACCGCUGCCAAAGGAAAACGUACAAAGAAGGGCAUGGCCACCGCCAAGCAGAGGCUUGGAAAAAUUUUGAAAAUUCAUCGGAACGGAAAACUGCUCCUUUAAAGUUUGGAAAGCCAGGAUCCUUCUGCUCCGCUCAGGACCCCCGGAGCCCCGCUAGAACAUCAGCCCCCAGGAGGGUGGCCACGCUGCCUCACCCGGGGGAGGGCCUGGCCCCCUCCCGGCCACCACUCCCCCCAUACGAGCAUCUGUUGCUUCAGCAGGCGGAGCUCACCAAUGUGGACAGACGUCCUUUCUCAAGUUGCUUAGAGUGACCAGUUCCCGAAACUUGGCCCUGCCUGUUUGAGGACCAUUCCAGUUUCAGGAGAGCCUCCGGGCACCCCUGAGUGUGGGUGUGAUCACAGGGCUUCUGCAGCUCUGCAGGAGCACGAGUCCUUCGAGGAAGGAGUGAGCCAAUGCUCACCAGGCCCAGAGUCUGAGCUGGCCACAGGCUGGUAGCCUCCAGAGGCUUAAAAAAGGCAAAGAACACUAGAGAGGAAGAGGAGGAGAAAAUGGGGUAUUAUGUGCCCCCCUACUCUUCCCAAGUGACUCUCAGACAGUCCAGAGAGUGUGCGGCCCGGCCAGGAGAGGGGCCUCUGUGCUCCCCGGCCGGCGGGUGGCGGGCCGGAUGGUGGGUGUUGUGCCCUGAAUGGCCAGGGUCUUUCUCGGGACGCUGGGGCCGGCAGCAGGGUCCAUGUGUUAGUGGGUGGGGGCGCCAUCAUGGGGUCUCCCCUGAAGGGUCGGGCCCAGCCGUGACGUGGGGCCUGGUGGCCCGGGCUAAGCCAUGAGGGUGGGCCCAACGCUGCCCCACGGGCUACACUCCGAGAAGCACUUCUCAGCUGAGGCACCCCGCCUGGCGGGGUGGAUGGCGACGGGGCGGCCCGAGGACGUGGGGCCCGGCACGUCUGUCUUGUCAUCUGUCCGUGUUUUGUGUCGAGUCCCCGGGUGGACCCCAGACCGAACGUCCGCCCGUCGACACGGAGGGGCUGGAGUUGUUUCUCAGGCAAUCCUGUAUUUUAAUUUUAGAUGUAUCUCCUGAAGCAUAUUUUUCAUAGAAUGUAGCGUGUAAAUAGCUUUUUAAAUAACUUCUUUUUUAUAAGAGUAAAAGUAUCUUUAGGGAUUUCUUUCUAGAGAGUCUGUCAUUAACAUUUAUACGAGUUUUUUGCCGAGUAUGACGAACACUUGGGUUUGCCUCCUUCUUUCUGUUUACUGUUCCCGUUGGUGUUACUUUCUUCUUUUAGGAACUAAGGUAUUGCCUGAAAAACACGUGUCCCUGGAGUCUUCUGUCUGUCUGGGCGGCAGCGAGCCGUGCGAGAUGGGAGAGGCCUCCACGCGGACGCCAGCUCUUUGUUUCCUUCUCGUUGGCGAAGGGGGUGGGGAUGCAGUUAUUUUACUUAGCACCUUGUGAAGUGUUUCUGUGUUUUGUGAUGCUGUAAUUUAUUAAUGUUUGUAGCUUUUUAUAUUUGUACAUUUCUUAUGAGCUUGGUUUAUACGCCCGUCCCUGGGCGCCGAGUCCGCGAGGCCCGGCCCCAAGGCUGGCGGGCAAGCUCGCUGGGCGCCGGCCGCGCCCGCUGUGCCGUCCCGGCGUCCCCGAGGCUUCCUUUCCCGUCCUCGUUGAACAUUUAUAUACUCUAACCCGGCCAUCAAGCUGUUCUCUCUCUCUCUCUUUUAUUUUUUAAAGUUUAUUAUUAUUAUUAUUUGGCAACAUGUACAUUUCUAACAAAGUUUACCGUGGCUAUUAAAGUGUUUUAUUUCCCAAUUCAUAUUACUCUUGUAUCGAGUCCAUGAGAUCUAAGACAGCUUAGAUCAAAGUUUUAAAAGAGUAAAAAUAUUUCAGGUUUUGUACAGAA